AUGGCUACAUGCAUGCAGUGCAGCAAAUUAAGACAGACAUUAUCUGAAGCUAUGACGUGGCUGAUUGUUAUAACCGUUUGGUUAACUGUCUUAACGGGUACUGGAGAUAGCCAACAACCUCGUGCAAUAGUUGCACAGGAUGGAUCAGGAGAUUGUACUACUAUAACAGCUGCAAUUUUUGCAUUCCCAAACCAUAGUGUAGAGCCAUACUACAUAAAAGUAAAAAACGGAACUUACCAUGAAUACGUUCAAAUUGAAAAAUGGAAGACCAAUAUAGUUCUAAUCGGUGAAGGGACAGAAAAUACAGUAAUAACGGGGAAUAAGAGCUUUGGUGGUGAUGGCAUUCGGACAUUAUACACUGCAACAGUUAGUGUCAAAGGGCAAGGCUUCACAGCCCAAGACAUUACUUUUACAAAUGAAGCUGGACCAUGGAAGUAUCAAGCCGCAGCAUUAGUGGCCGAAGCUGAAUACAUUAGCUUCUAUAGGUGCCGUUUCGAGGGGUAUCAGGAUACCCUGUACACAAGAUUUGGCAAACAAUUUUAUAGGGACUGUCAAGUAUUGGGCACCAUAGACUUCAUAUGUGGAGACGCAACUGCAGUGUUCCAAAACUCCAUUAUUGAAGUGCGUGCACCAAUUCUCGGACAGUUUAAUACAAUCACAGCACAGAAAAGAGAAGAAGAGGGUGAAGCAACUGGAAUUGUGCUGCAAAAUUGCACAAUAAAAGCAACACCAGAAUUGGAGAAAAUGGGUAAAAUUGUUACAACAUAUCUAGGACGACCAUGGGGUAAUUACUCAAGAACAGUGGUCAUGCAAAGUGACAUUGAACUUUUAAUAAAUCCAAACGGAUGGAUAGAGUUUACAAAUGAGACCCUAAUUCGCCCAUAUUACAUGGAAUACAUGAACAGAGGAGAAGGUGCAAAUACUAUAUAUACGUGUAUGAGUAAAAAUUUAUUUGUAUUCGGUGUGUGUAUAUAA